AGAUGCCGCGGCUCAUCCUGCUGUUGGUGGUUCUUGGUAUUUGCUCUGCCAACUAUGCGAGCAGAUAUGCGCCCAUGGCCGGACCUAGGAAGUUCUUGGGUGAUGGAGAACUUCCGAGUGUGCUGAACUCACGCGAGCUGCUUCCUGAGUCACAAACAACAGUCCCACAAGCUCUGCGUUUGAGAGGAGGAGGCUUGCCGUAUAGGUACCAGGACAACUGGAGUGACAUUGUGGUGAGAAUGCCCAUCGACGAGCCCAUCAAGUCCAAGGACAUCCACUACAAGCUCACACCGUCGAUGUUGGAGCUGGGCCUCAAAGGGCAGGAGCCGUUUAUCAAAGACGAGCUCUGGGGGCUGGUGAAGGUGGACGAGUGCUUGUGGGAGAUCGAGAUGGACAACAAGCUCGGGAGGCACGUGGCCCUGCAGCUGAAGAAGGCGAAGGGAGAGAAGUGGGACUUCCUGCUGAAGAAGGAGGACAUCCCGCCUGACAUGACGGUGACAGAGAAGUGCUUCCUCGACAUUCAGAUCGAUGGGGAGGCGGUUGGUCGGAUCGUCAUCGGGCUGUACGGCAAGACUUGCCCCCGCACUGCCUACAACUUCAGAGCCCUCUGUACUGGCGAGGUCCAGGUUGACCCCGAGAAGCACAAACGAACGCAGGCGGCCAACGCGACUCUCACCUACAAGGGAACCAAGUUUCAUCGCAUCAUCCCGAGCUUCAUGGUUCAAGGAGGAGACUUCACCAAGGGCGAUGGAACUGGGGGAGAGUCGGUCUAUGGAGGAAGGUUCGAGGACGAGAGCUUCCAGAUCAAGCACUCUCGCGAGGGCCUCGUGUCGAUGGCGAACGCUGGAGCAGACUGCAACGGGGCUCAGUUCUUCAUCACCACAGCAAGUGCGGCUCAUCUCAACGGCAAGCAUGUUGUCUUCGGCGAGGUCCUAGAAGGAUAUGAGUUCGUGCAGAAGAUCGAAGACUGCGGGUCCAACAGCGGGAAGCCUUCCAAGGAGGUCGUCAUUGUGGAUUGCGGCGUUGUCAGCGAGUAGGAAUCGAAAGAUGUGUUGUGAAUGUUCAAGGUUGAACCAAGAAAAACGUUUCAUUGACAUCU